UGUAAGGGAAAAAAGAGAGAUGUAAGUAGCGAAUUGCGGAACAUUCAUGGACAGCUUCAUGAUUCCAAUUCGUCUCAGAAGUUGUCGCAGUAUCCAAAAUCUCAGCUGAAUUAGAAGGCUUUAACCCUAGAUGUCCUUCGUUUUCCCCCAAUAGGUGAUCUUUUGUGUACCUCUUUGAUCUCUUAGGAAAUCUUUGGUGCAUUGACAGAUAGAAAUGUCGAUCGACCUUCUGUUGAAGCCCUCAUGUGGCGGGUGUGGAUCAACCUCGGAUCUCUACGGAAGCAACUGCAAGCACAUGACUCUAUGCUUGAACUGUGGCAAAAACAUGGCUGAGAACAAGGGCAAAUGCCACGAUUGUGGCGCUACUGUCACUCGCUUGAUUCGGGAAUAUAAUGUUCGUGCAAGUUCUAGCAAUGAUAAAAACUACUUUAUCGGAAGAUUUGUUACUGGAUUACCCGAUUUCUCGAAAAAGAAAAGUGCUGAAAAUAAGUGGUCUAUACAGAAGGAUGGAUUGCAGGGCCGCCAACUCACCGAUGCUUUGCGGGACAAGUUCAAGAAUAAGCCUUGGCUCCUGGAGGAUGAAACAGGCCAGUCCCAGUACCAGGGUCAACUUGAAGGCGCACAAUCAGCUACAUAUUACCUGCUAAUGAUGGAAAGGAAGGAAUUUGUUGCCAUUCCUGCUGGUUCUUGGUACAACUUUAACAAAGUUGCGCAGUACAAGCAGCUGACUUUGGAAGAAGCAGAAGAGAAGAUGAAGAAUAGAAAGAAAACUGCUGAUGGCUAUGAAAGAUGGAUGAUGAAAGCAGCAAGUAAUGGUCCUGCUGUAUUUGGUGAACAUGGAAGGUUUGAAGACAAGGAAAGUGGUGGUGGUGGAGGAGGAGGAGGAGGAGGAGGAGGAGGGAGAGGACGUAAAAAAGCUAGUGAUGAUGAUGAAGGUCAUGUCUCAGAUAGGGGAGAAGAGGAUGAAGAAGAGGAGGCAGCAAGGAAAAAUAGACUUGGACUUAAUAAAAGAGGUGGUGAUGAUGAUGAAGAAGGUCCAAGGGGAGGGGACCAUGAUCUAGAUGAUGAUGAUAGCGAGAAGGGUGAUGAUUGGGAGCAUGAGGAGAUUUUCACUGAUGAUGAUGAAGCUGUUGGUAAUGAUCCUGAGGAAAGAGAAGAUUUGGCUCCUGAAGUUCCUGCCCCUCCUGAAAUUAAGCAGGAUGAUGAUGAUGAGGAUGAAGAGAAUGAAGAAGAGGGAGGUUUGAGUAAAUCUGGGAAGGAGCUGAAGAAGUUGCUUGGCCGAGCUUGUGGUCUGAAUGAAUCUGAAGCUGAGGAUGACGACGACGACGACGACGUAUGGACUAUGGAUGAUGAGCUUCCACCUGUGGUUGCUCCAAAGCAGAAGGAUGUUCCUAAGGAAGAACCUGCUGACAACAGCCCUUUGAAGCCUGCACCAUCUGCACCUGCUCGAGGAACUCCAUCAACUUCGAAGACUUCAAAGGGAAAGAGAAAAUUAAAUGAAGAAACAAAAACGCCUGUGGCGCCACCAAAGAAGGUGAAGACAGAAAAUGAGCUAAAAUCAUCUGUCAAAGAUGAGAACGGGUCUGCACCCAAAAGUAAUGCACAACCAAAAGGUACACCACCAACUUCAUCAAAAGCAGGGUCAUCUGCCACUACAGCUUCUGGACCUGUGAGCGAAGAAGAAAUCAGGGCUGUUUUAAUGCAGAAGACUCCAGUGACCACACAGGAUCUUGUCGCUAAAUUUAAGGCUAGACUGAGAUCUUCAGAGGAUAAACAAGCUUUUGCUGAGAUCUUGAAGAGGAUCUCCAAGAUACAGAAGACUAACGGAUCCAGUUAUGUUAUAUUGAGAGAUAGGUGACUGAUUGAUUGAUUGGAGGUGCCGGAUGAAGCAGAUCAGAUGUGUGGGAAACUUUACUCUUUCCAUGUUUCUAUUUGUUUUUUUCUUAUACAGAAUACAAAGAAAAGGAAAAGAAGAAAAAGACAAUGCUUCCUGGAAAUUUUUCCCCCACCCUUUCUGCGCCAUGAAAUGCUAUAUUGUAUCUCACUGCUUGUGUUUUAAAGUUCUGACGAUGACCAAUAACAGUGUACAACUCUGAAGUUCUA